GCCAGCCCGCCCGGGGCGGCGGCGCAGAGCCGGGCGGCGCACGAGGCAGGCAGCGCGGCCAUGACGGCGGAGGAGGCGCUGCCCCUGGGCAAUGGGAAGGCUGCCGAGGAGGCGCGGGAGUCCGAGGCGCCGGGUGGCGGCGGCGGCAGUGGCGGCGGCGGGGACGCGGUGCCCGCGCGCGACCCGCGCGACAAGCGCGACAAGGCGGUCCACGAGCGUGGCCACUGGAACAACAAGGUGGAGUUCGUGCUGAGCGUGGCCGGGGAGAUCGUUGGGCUGGGCAACGUGUGGCGCUUCCCCUACCUGUGCUACAAGAAUGGAGGAGGGGCAUUCCUGAUUCCCUAUGUGGUGUUUUUUAUUUGCUGUGGAAUUCCUGUUUUUUUCUUGGAAACAGCUCUGGGGCAAUUCACAAGUGAAGGUGGCAUUACCUGUUGGAGGAAAGUUUGCCCUUUAUUUGAAGGCAUUGGCUAUGCAACGCAGGUGAUUGAGGCCCAUUUAAAUGUGUACUACAUCAUCAUCCUGGCAUGGGCCAUUUUUUACCUGUGCAACUGCUUCACCACGGAGCUGCCCUGGGCCACCUGUGGGCAUGAGUGGAACACAGAAAAUUGUGUGGAGUUCCAGAAACUGAAUGUGAGCAACUACAGCCAUGUAUCUCUGCAGAAUGCCACCUCUCCGGUCAUGGAGUUUUGGGAGCACCGGGUCCUGGCCAUCUCUGAUGGGAUCGACCACAUUGGGAGCCUCCGCUGGGAGCUGGCCUUGUGUCUCCUGGCAGCCUGGACCAUCUGUUACUUCUGUAUAUGGAAGGGGACAAAGUCUACAGGAAAGGUUGUGUAUGUCACCGCCACAUUCCCUUACGUCAUGCUUCUGAUCCUCCUCAUACGCGGGGUCACGUUGCCUGGGGCCUCUGAGGGCAUCAAGUUCUACCUGUACCCCGACCUCUCCCGGCUCUCCGACCCACAGGUCUGGGUAGAUGCUGGAACGCAGAUCUUUUUCUCCUAUGCCAUCUGCCUGGGCUGUCUGACUGCUCUGGGAAGUUAUAACAAUUAUAACAACAACUGCUACAGGGACUGCAUCAUGCUCUGCUGCCUGAACAGCGGCACCAGCUUCGUGGCGGGGUUCGCCAUCUUCUCGGUCCUGGGCUUCAUGGCGUACGAGCAGGGCGUACCCAUUGCCGAGGUGGCAGAGUCAGGCCCUGGCCUGGCCUUUAUCGCCUACCCCAAGGCUGUCACCAUGAUGCCUCUGUCCCCUGUGUGGGCCACCUUGUUCUUCAUGAUGCUCAUCUUCCUGGGGCUGGACAGCCAGUUUGUGUGCGUGGAAAGCCUGGUGACGGCCGUGGUGGACAUGUACCCCAAGGUCUUCCGGAGGGGCUACCGGCGGGAGCUGCUCAUCCUGGCCUUGUCGGUCGUCUCCUAUUUUCUGGGCCUCGUGAUGUUGACGGAGGGCGGCAUGUACAUCUUCCAGCUCUUCGACUCCUACGCCGCCAGCGGGAUGUGCCUCCUCUUCGUGGCCAUCUUCGAGUGCGUCUGCAUCGGCUGGGUGUACGGAAGCAACCGGUUCUAUGAUAACAUCGAAGACAUGAUUGGCUACCGGCCAUUGUCACUCAUUAAGUGGUGCUGGAAGGUCGUGACCCCCGGGAUCUGCGCGGGCAUCUUCAUCUUCUUCCUGGUCAAGUACAAGCCACUCAAGUACAACAACGUGUACACCUACCCGGCCUGGGGCUAUGGCAUCGGUUGGCUCAUGGCCCUGUCCUCCAUGCUCUGCAUCCCACUCUGGAUCUCCCUCCAGGUGUGGAAGACGGAGGGGACGCUGCCUGAGAAACUCCGGAAGCUGACGACCCCCAGUGCUGACCUGAAAAUGCGGGGCCAGCGUGGGGCAGGCCCACGGACGGUGGCGGUCAAUGACUGUGACGCCAGACUCAAGGGUGACGGGGCCAUCGCCACCAUCACAGAGAAGGAGGCACACUUCUGAGCGGCGCCCUCCCCCCCCCCCCCCGUGUGUAAGCGAAUGCCUGAAACACGUGCUUCUCCUAAUGGUAGGGCUUGCUCCUUUGCACAUGAUUCAUUAACACGUUAAUUUUCAGGUGGCCGCGGUACACCGCGCACUCUGGUUUAAAGUCACAUUCCUCUCCUCGCCCCGUCAUCGUGGCAGUAACCACUGCGAAGAGAUAAUGCUGUACAGCAACUAGCGGAAUGUUCUCGUCCUAGGGCAGUUUUAAUCAUUGUUUUCUAGGGGUUAGGAAAAAGUGUAUAAUAUUGUAAAACUUUUAUACUUGGGCAGGUGGGGGGAGCGGUGCCUGUCCUCCUCUGUCAGCCUUUCAACCUGUCCCUGACCCUGUCUCCGACCACCGGCAGCCACCUCCUCCACCCUCCCUGAGCUCCUCCAGGGGCUCAUCCUGAACCUUCUCUUGUCCAGGGCAGCGAGCUUGAUGCAGCAAGGUCAAGGCUGUGGGGCAGAGAAGAAAGGUCCCAUCAGACUCAGGACUCCUGGGUUGGAGUCCCCCCACCCCCACCACCCUGAUCCCACUAAGUGACCUUGGGCACUCCCUUCCCCUCUCUGUGCCUCAGUUUCUCUACGUCCCAAAUUGGGGAAGGGGCUGGAUUGGCUGUUCCCACAGGGACUCUCUUUGCAUGCCUUGCUGGCUGCAGGACCUGCCUUUGAUCUUGGCUCUUCUGGAGAUUUGCAGGCAAUAAUCUUAGCGCUCCCCACUCCUCUCCCCACCUGCUUAUUUAAAAUCAAGAUUAUCACGGAAAUGCAAUCGUAGGGAUAUGUGUUUUCCCCCAAAGCUUUAGUUUUAUCUCAUCCGGGAGCAGCCUGGCUUGCUGGUGCCCAGUGGGUCCUCAGUCCCCAUGGCCUGGCCUGCCCUGCCCUCCUGUCCAGUCCUCUGCUCUCACCCUCAGCAGGGCUGGUUUUCUGGGUCAGGAGGCGCUGUCUGCUCUUGCAGCUGCCUGACCAGGAUCUAUGUCUUAGUCCCUUCCUUCAGGGAGCUACAGUGGAGCCUGGCGUCCUCCUGAGGCCUCCCACGGCCUACCUCUUCUCCCUCCUGCUGUCCCCUCCCCGCCCCCACCAGCCUGCCUCUCAGAUCUUUCCCCAUCCCGCCCGCUCUGUCGCUCUGUCGCCAGGGGACUGAGAAGGCCCCUCUCCUGCUGGAGGGAGAAGGGCAUCCGGAGUCCGCAGGGGGCUGCUGUCGCCCCCGCCCCCCUGGCCGCAGACCCCUUGGCCCAUACCGCUCUGCUUUUCUGACUGGACUUCGCAUCAACCCUCCGCCGUGGUGUCUGAGCUCUCUUAGAGGUGGGGAAGGUGCAUGUGUUUUUCCUUUCCCUGUAUGCUCCCAAUUUGAUUUGGUGGAAAUGUGAGCUUCUUCCAGAUCCAGUCAGGGGAUCCAUGUGGUUUCUUCACCCACAAGUUUCCAAACUCCCAGUGUGUCUGCUCUGGCCAGCCCCCACCUGAAGUCCAAGCUUGCUAAGAGGGAUGCCCAGUGCCCCUCUGGGCAGGGAGGGACGCCAGGGCUAGCCGCCUCCCGCCCUGUGCAGGCAACGCAAGCCUGCCUGGCUUCCAACAGACAGACCACCGUCCCCCUCGUCUCCCUGAGCCGUCUGGCCCGAACUGGGCGCCCUGCACGCGCGGCCCUCACCCGCUCCCCUGCAGCAAGAGUCUGGAGGAAGCCUUCCCGGCGCCGCGCGGCUGGCUGUCCACCCAGCCCUCCCCGGGCACGGACGCCUGUGCCGCUCACGUGGCUCCUGGGGCUCGGCUCACGAGUGGUGCGAAACCACUCAUGGGGCAGGUGGAGGGCUGAUUGCUGUCUUUUGUUUUUUGUAAUUUCCUACAAGUAUUUGGGUAACUCUGGGGGUGGGGAGGGCACCGUGGGGCAGGGGAACACAUCAUUAUGAUGACUUUUUUGAUAUUCAUUAGAAACAAUACAUCCUUUCCGAGAUAUUUACGGUAUUAUUAAAAAAUGAAAAAGGUUAUUGGGUGUUCAAAGGCACAAAAUUGUCUGCUUACUCAUUUUUAAAAAUUAAAGAAAUGAACAAACUA